CAAUGAAAUUCAUUACAUCUCGUUACAGAAAGUAGCGGAAAUUGUUCAGAGAAAAAUAUGAUUACCCGGGCUCAGUGGGGAGCACGUGCGCCGAAGGAAAUUGUGAAUCUCACAAUCCCCGUACCCGAGUUCUUUGUUCACCAUACAGACACAUGGGAAUGUUUCAAUGUGAAAAACUGUUCGGCCGCAGUGAGAAGCAUACAGAAGUUCCACAUGGAUGACAGAGGUUGGGACGACAUUGGGUAUAAUUUCCUGGUAGGAGAGGAUGGGAAUGUAUAUGAGGGUAGAGGCUGGGAUCAUCUUGGGACACAUACAAAAGGUUUCAACAGCAAGUCUUUGGGAACAUCCGUUAUUGGGAACUACACAGCAAAGCUUCCGAACGAAAAAGCUCUAACUGCACUGAAGGCCCUGAUUGCAUGUGGCGUUGAACAGAAAAAGCUGUAUCCGGACUUCCGGAUGUACGGACACAGGGAUGCCGGAAAGACGGAAUGUCCGGGAGACGCUCUGUACAAACUGAUUCAAACCUGGCCGCAUUAUAGUCACAAACCACCAAAAACUGUUCUUGUUUGAAAUGUCUAACAACUUUAUUGCAAAUAAAAACCAUUUUCUGUAAUUUGACAUACGCAAAAUAUCAGUAUACUAGUAUGCAGCGGAUGCAACAUUUAUGUAAUUGACUCGAUGCCUAGAAAAGAGUGUUGUUUGUGCAGUGUUCUUCAUUUUGACAAACAGAUCAUAUAUAAUUAAGUUAUUUAAUUAUUUAAUAUGAAUCUUAUUCACAAAUCAUUCAUCAUAUACUAAUACUCCUCGUGCUUAGAAAUUCUGGUCUAAAACGACCGAUUAUUAUCUGCGCGUACAGUUUAAAAACACUUAUUUUGGAAACAGUAUUUUAGAAGUUGAAACACCUUUGCUAGAAAUAUGACUGGCGAAAAUAUUUGGAAAGAAAACACCAACAUUUAGGUUUCAUAAUCAUUUACAUAUAAUAUAAAUGUAACAACAGCACAAUAUUAAAAUGAGCCGUGCCACGUGAAAACCAACAUCAGCAUGGAUCCACCCCAGCCUGCGCAUCCGCGCAGUCUAGUCAGAAUUCAUACUGUUCGCUAACAGUUCCUCUAAUUGCAAUAGGGUUUGAAAGCGAACAAUAUGGAUCCUGACCAGACUGCGCGGAUGUGCAGGCUGGUCUAGAUCCGUGCUAGUCGCAAAUGCACUAUGUUGGUUUUCUCAUGGUGUGGCUCAUUAAUAUGUUUCAAAAACAACAUAAAAGCUUAGAACAGAAUAUAAACAGAGAUUAGCUGACAGGUUCUUUUUUUAUCUGUCAGUUUCAGCAAAUAACAAGAAAAUUACAUGAGGACGGCAUAGGUUGAAUAUUUUCACCUAUAAAGUUCAGUAAAAAAAAAAUAAAAAGUCAUCCAAUGAUGUCAUAGUUUGAAUAAUGUUACGUCUGCCAAUUGCAGUUAAAAACAUAAAUGAUUAGAUCCAGACAACGGUGUCAUGGUUUGAAAAGUCUCAUAUAUGUAACCUGCUAAUUAACCUGCCAGAAAAAACAUAAAUAAUCAGACACGAAAUGUCAUAGUUUGAACAGUUUUAAUUUUUAAAACUGUUCAUAAUAAUUAAAUAAAAUGCCUUGUACCGUUCAUUGUCGUAAAGACAGACACGGAAUCUGUGCUAAUUCCUCUCAAAAUAAACCUGUCACGUACACUACACGAAUUUUACAAAUGAACACUCAUACUCGCGUAAUGAUAUGUUUAUGCUUAAGGUAAAACAAUCAUUCUAUUAUUAGAACUAUGGCAUGGAGCAAUAUAAUGAAAGACAAUGUGUAACAAGUCCUCACAAUGGCAAGAGUCUAAUAGACUGUCAAACAACAAACAACCAUGGUACAAUGGCUAAUAAUCGUUUGAAAAUUAUCUAUUUAUCUCAUAUUCCAUGUUCCCGUUUGUUUCUGUUUCUGCCUGGCGUUUUCUGUCUGCCUCAUCCUCUCCUCCGCCCCUUUAAUCUUCCCAAGCUUCCCGCUGUGAUAAUCUGAUAUCGCCUGAAACAACAAGUUUGCAUGCAGAAACUCUUCUUUACCCUGUGUAUUAUGAGAAACUUACUUCCAUAUCAUGUAACGAAAUAGUACAAACAUUUCCACAUUUUUGUAUAUUAUAUUCGAAACAACAAUGCUAAUACAUGUAUAAUUUCACUGUCAGCAGUCCAAGAAUAUAUGUAUUCAUGUUUACAUACAUACAUACAUACAUACGAAUAUAUGUAUUCAUGUUUCCCUGCAUACAUACAUACUAUUUCAGUUUUAAUUAAUUUAUAAACAAAAAAUAGAAAUUCUA